CCCGGAGCGGCAUGCCCGUGGAGACCCUGCGGGCAGGCAAUGCGAUGAAGGGGGUGUCGAGCACGGCGCCCUUCACCUCGGCCAUGCCCUUCCGCAUCCUCAACAAGGGCCCUGAGUACUUUCGGCGGCAGGCGGAGACCGGCGCCCGCAAGCCCAGCGCGGUGGAGCGGCUGGAGGCCGACAAGGCCAAGUACGUCAAGAGCCAGCAGGUAGCCAGCACCAAGCAGGAGCCGGUGAAACCGCUGGUGCUCAAGCAGCCGCUCUUCGCGCCCGGCGUGCGGAAGGCCAUGCUCACCCCGAGCCGCCGGACCCCGCCGGGGGCACGGAGGGUGGAGGCCUGCGGGUCCAAGCCCUCCCUGAACCUGGAGAUCCUCAACAACCUCAUCAACCUCUGCGACAGCCCCAUGCCCUUCCCCAAGCCCGAGAGCCCCCUGGGCAUGGAGCGCAAGUGGAAGGCGGAGACGCCCGAGCCCCCGGGCACGCCGCGGAGGAAGGCCCCGACGGAGGGCAUGAGCAAGCUGUCGGAGAGCUCCGGCGCCUCCAAGCCCUCCAGCACGGUGGCCGUGCGCCGUGUGGACGUCCGGCCUUGCGGGGCCCUGCGAGCCAGGGGGGGUCCGGCCAUCCAGGUGAACCCGGCACCCGCAUCGCCCGCCAAGGCCCGGAUCCCUUCUGCCAGCCCGCUGGGCUUGCCGAGCCCCCAGGACGGGCGGGCAGACAGGGCCCGGCGGCAAACGCUGCUGCACCGCUCCAAGUCGGACCUGAGCGACCGGUACUCGCGGGCCACGGCCGACCUGGAGCGCUUCUUCAACUACUGCGGGCUGGACCCCGAGGACGUGCGGGACAUGGGGGUGGAGCACUUCGCCCGCGCCAGCUCCGACAUCGUGUCCGUCAAGUUCCACAGCGUCAGCACGGCCAGCUCGGAGGGCGCCCGCUCGCAGCGCAGCGCCGCCACGCUGGAGGAGAAGCCGCCCGAGCGCAUCCCCUACGGCAUCUCCGUCGUCGAGCGCAACGCCCGCGUCAUCAAGUGGCUGUACGGGCUGCGGCAGGCCCGGGAGCCCCAGAAGGUCUCCAACGUAUAGCAUCUCCACCAGGCCCCGGACCGGGGGUGUUUGGUCUCCUGCGUGAGUCCGGCAGGGCUUCCCUGGAAACAAGGGGGGGCUUUGAAUUGCAGCCCGGGGCCCUGCAGUUCUUCCCCCAGCUCCUCGCCUCCUGCCUGGAUCGCAGAGCCCUGCACUCGAGUGACUCAAGGACUGGACGCAGCCGCCCCGAGAGGAGCUGGCCUUUUUAAAAGCACAAGCUAAAAAUAGAGAGCCGGGGACAUCGUCCCUGCGAGUCAGUCGGAGCAGCCCGCACCUGCUGAUUGCGAUCCAGGCUCCGGCGCCCGCCUGCGCUGUCCCAGACCCCCGGGGACCCGGCUGUGGAGCAGACUCUCCGCAAACAUGGCAUGAGGCUGAUCUUGAGCAGAAAAGUCAGAGACUGCCCUGGGCAGCUGCUGGCCCGGGGGAUCUGAACUAGGACUGUCCUGGCUGGGACCCGGCUUCCCCGCGGGGUUGGUGGGAAGGGGGCUCUGGCCACCUGCGAGCAGCCCCCUGCAAGCGGUCUGGCUAUCGGGGCUCCAGGGGAGAGCCGCUCGCUCUCCACGUCCUGCGUACCGUGCCUCCGGGGCAUGCCUGGGUCUGGACACGGGCCACCAGCCCAACUAGUCCUUCUGCUCCAGCCUGAAGCCCUGAUUUGAGCUGGCUCAAUGGCUGGGGGGAAAAUCCACCCUGGGUGCACAGGGGUUCAACAGGCUCAGCCCCCCAGCAGAUGGGGUGGGAAGGAGCUCAGGCAAGGGGUACCUGGAGGAGCGGCACCGUACCAAGCUCAGGUGUGUUGCAAAGGAUGGCAGGGGGGCGAUGCGCCGAGCUGUCCUGCUGCUGGGCUCACGCAGGUGUGCUCCACUGGGACCCACCCGGCUGCUGCCUGGCUGCCUGGCCCCUCCACAACUCCCUGCUGGGUGCAUGUGAGCCCGUGGCAGGGGAAGGGAUAUGGAGCAGAAAGGCACCCGGGAGUGGGGGAAUCCUGGCUUACCCCUGCUGCAAACCAUGGGUGCUUUGUGCGCUGCAGGGGAGAUCCAUGCAAACCCCUGACCCUGCUGGGAGGGAACUGGAGGCGGUCGCGAGGCUGGGGGGAUGCCCUGCGGGGCACCUGGUGCUCGUGCCACGUGGCCCAGCACAUCUGCAGCUUUCUCUUUCGAGGCCAGGAAGGCUUGGAAAAGCCGGCUUGUUAUUUAUACUGUUUUUACUGUCCUGUACAAACAACCCCCUCUGCCCCGUUUUGAUUAAAGUCCUC